CCACGAGGUUCGCAGCCGACGGUGAGCAGUCAAGUAGUCAAGUAAUGCGUGAAUAAUCUAACACCCUCAGACGAAUAACGCUAAUAUAGUGUGAAUAAACUCAAAUUUACGUCGAUAAAUACAGAAAUACGCGAAUUAGGUGUUUUGUCUACGAAACGUGCCAAAAAAUGGGGCUCAUUCUAUAUAUCUUUCAAACCAGGCGGCUGUGCUGGGACGCUAGCCAAGUCCACGGAGUCUGACACGUCGGAUUCACUAGCCACGUCACAGGGGAAUGAACGAAUCGUUGGGGCCUAAUGGAGAAUAAUGACUCAAUAGAGUACAAGGUAAUAUUCAGAUACAUAAGAUAAAGCUGCUUAUUUACUUGUAUAAGCCAACAAACAAAGUCGAACUCUUUUGACAUACGGAAAUAAAAUAAAGUACUUGACAUUUGACAUGAUGCCACCAAAAUGAAUAAGUGCAUUUCGUGGUCAGACCAAUAAAAAGAAGAAAGAGAUAGCGUAAAAUGUGAGUAAUCGUAUAAGAUUCGUAACUGAAUGUUUCUUCAAUAACUUGAGUUAGUGAGAUUAUAAGACUGUUGACAUAGUAAGAGCUUUCGAUGACCUCAAGGGUUUUGUAUUCGAAUAUCGACGAUCUCAUUUGUUUGUCAAGUACAUGGUAUUUGAACCAGUACAAACUUCAAACCCCAUGAAUUGGUUUUCGUUUUUGUGGAAGGAUUUUGGUAGGUAGUAGGUUAAACAUAUUUUUUUUAUACCUUUUCUUUUCAGCAUGUGAAUUAUCAAGCCAAACAUGCAUGAAUUGGUCCCGAUCGAAGUCGACUUUCUGCAGUACUGUUGUGACUCUGGGUCGGCAAUCCUGCUACGGUGCUCACAACAGUUGGGUGUCAUCGAAUUAAGCACCGAGAAUUCUCUGGAUUGACCUGAUAAUAUUUUUUUUUUACAAAAUUACCACCGCGUUCGUCCAACAAUGAGAAGUUGUUUAAUGCUUGUAAACACAUGCUCAUGGAUUGUAUAGUUAGUAAAUACUCCGUCUAAUACACGUAUAUGUACCUGUACAUAUUUUAUUCGUUUAAAACUUCUGUAUCCGUAUUAUUGUCAAGCUGUUUCAUUCCUCUCCAUUCAUUUAAUGGAUCCCGUACUAAACACGUAUAUCAUGUUUAAUAUUCGUAUUUAAUGAAUUUAAUUAUUAAAUUUACUAUUAUUUAUUUAUUUUUAAAAUACUUAAUUUUAUAUAUAUAUGAUUAUUAUCUUACUAUUAAACAUAAAAUUAAUUUAGAGACGACAUAAAAUACUCAUAUGUAUUUUCUACAUAAUUUUCCUGUACCGUAUUUUACUAACUAAUAAGUAUCACAAUAGAGCUCACGAACUGGACACUUGACGGGCCUUCAGCCAUGAGAAACAGAAGCCCAUCGGUCUGAUUAUGGCCCAACCAAGUCAUGAGUAAGUUAGAAGACCCAUUUACGGCGUCGUUUGGUAAGUCCUUAAACCUUAAGCCACUAUCUUCUAAUUGUAGGGUUGAAGCCUGAAGGCGCCAUCUCCGUUUCAUUUCUCCUCAAUUCCCAUGGCUUCCCUUUGCAGGUCGGCUGUUAUGGCGGGCUCGAGGUCUCUAGCUGCACGGUCCAAAACCCUAACUCAGAAAUCCCUAUCCUCAUCCUCUCCCUUCACUUCACCUUCUGCUCCGCGGGUAGUCCGAAGCGCUUCAAGGGUUGUUUCAACUAUAGGGAGCGUGGAUUCGUUGAUACCGUUUCAUAGUGCGACGGCGAAUGCACGCCUUAUUUCCAGCAUUGCAUCUGAUUCCUCUUGCUGGAGCUGGCUUUCUCAAGGAUUUGCUACACCAUUGUGACAGCACCUGUUCGUCGUGCUCGGAUAAUGAAAUAUGAAAGGAAGAUGAACACUUUAGUUCCAGCUUUUUUGCUUCUUUGUACUGUCAAAAACUGGGAAAUGAGCUCCGUUCCUUUGAUGAUCAAUGUCGUUAGUGGGUUUAAGCACUCGUGUAAUAAUAGUUUUUCGAAGGCUGAUUCUAGCAAUGCAUUUCUUUUUUAUCCCAGCCCUACCUUCUGUGGUUACUGAAACAAGCUGUUAGGUCCAACAAUGACUUACUCUGUUAACUGAAACUCGUGGUCGAUUUUUCGCCCGACUUUCCUGGAUGCUAAACCACAAGUUAGCUGAAUAUGUUAGGUUUUUUGUUCUUCCUUGUGCUCUGAAAUCCUUGUGAUACUAGUUUUGAGGAACUCACCGUGCUGUUAUAUUUUACAAUGUCCUGUGCUCUUUGCAUCCUCACUUGUCCUCGAGAACUACUUAACAAUAAAUUAAGUAAUUAACCAAUCCGAUGUCAUGGCCCCGUUCUCUUUUUCUCCAUUUUUGCACAACAUCAUUGCAGCUUGCCGUCUAAUCAUUUGUUCAAUUACCGUGUUCAACAUGUAAUCUUCUUCUUAGGCUGAAGAGUUCUUCAUCACAUGCUUGUAUUAGUUUGUCUCUUGUGUUUGAAAGUUUCAUUCCUUGAUUUGAUUUUAGCUAGCCACUGAUUUUGAUCCCGUUUUUGUGAAUUUUCCUAGACUUUGCGAUUCCUCGGUGACGAGGAAAUUCAGUUUUUUUCAAACCAACUUGGAUAGGACCUCAGCAGGGUUACUGCAUCCUCUUCAUUCUUGUUGUUCUGUCUGAAUGCACUUUGAAGCGAAUGCUUACGAGCUAGUAGGUGCCUAUCAUAUCCUGGCAAGAACUGUACUGAUCUGAUUUUUGACAAAUUGGUGGUAUCCAUCAUUUUCUCUAGUGCGAAACUAUUAGACUAAUGUAUAAUUGAUGACAUUGAUAGAAAUGGUUCAUAAGCCGUCUCACAUUUCAGCAGCUGUUUAUGAUUAGCAAUUAUGCUCUGUUCUUCUCCAAGGAGAGUAGUUCGGAACCCGAGAUAUUGAAUGAUGGCAUUUCGAAGAACACUCACAUUUCAGACUGCAUCCCACCCUUAGCAACAAUCAAACAAGGCGAACAUGCAAGCUGAAACCCAUGUCCGAUUGCUCUGUUUUGGUCCAUCGCAGCACAAUUAAUUUCUUCUGAUCCAAUCCGAUUCUCACGACCAGCGAUCUUGAACCAGUGGCUGACACGGCCAUUGAAGCUUCCUAAGUUUCAGGUAGUCGUGCCUAAUUGCUUACCACUGAUCACCUCUCUGUGUCUAUAUUACUAAUAUCUAUCCAUGGCCGCAAAUACAAUACUAUUUCGUGU